AUGGACACCCUGUACAUAGGUUUAACCAUAUUUGUAAUUAUUCCUCGGGUUAAUUCAGUUUCCUCAUUUUGUUUUCCCGCUUGUUCUUGUACAAAUGAUACGCUUGGGAGGACAUUGCUUUGUAUGGAAACAGCCUUAAGAAGAAUCCCAGAAAACAUACCGCAAGACUUCAUAAAAAUCAGAAUAGAGAAUUCACAUCUUACUGAGAUACCGCGCGGAUCUUUCAAUGAAGUUAGUGCCUUGGAGUUCCUCUGGUUAAAUUUUAAUAACAUAACCGUUAUGAACAUAAAGAGUUUAGAGGGCUUGAAAAAUUUGACAGAGCUCAGAUUACAGGGUAAUAAACUGCGUUCAGUACCAUGGACAGCAUUUCUGGACACACCAAAUUUAAAAAUUCUAGAUCUGAAACACAACCGGCUAGACGUUCUCCCUGAGUAUGCGCUCAGACAUUUGCCGGCUCUGACCUACUUAGAUUUAUCAUUCAAUCAGCUUACUGUAGUGUCCAGGGAUGUUUUUCUUAACUGGCCUAUCUACCCCUCACCAGGGAAACAGGGUAAAAGAGAGGAGACCACCACUGUUGUUGUGGCUCUGCACGACAAUCCUUGGCUCUGCGAUUGCCGUUUGAAGGGGCUUGUCCAGUUUAUCAAAUCCGUCAGCUCGCCCAUCAUUUUAAUGAAUUCCUAUUUAACCUGCUCCGGUCCUGAGUUUAGGUCAGGCAAGUUUUUUCACGAGAUAGAACUGAAGACAUGCAUGAAGCCAGUGGCCACUGCCCCAGAAACGAACCUCACAUUGCAGUUUGGAUCGAAUGCUACUCUCUUUUGCUUAGUUAAGGCCAGGCCCGAUCCGACAGUUCGAUGGACCUACGGACUAAAGUUUGUGAGAAGAUUUGCUGAGUCACAGACACGGGUGGAUGAGGAGACCGUCAGGUCACAGCUGACCAUCCCAGCGUUGAACCUGGCAGUCGGCGGAGUUUACACCUGCACCGCCAACAACUUCAUCGGUAACUCCUCUAUCAGCAUCCUAGUUAAUGUAAACUUACAGAACGUCUCCAUGUCACUCUCCCCUGCAUCGCCCCUGGCGUCAGCAGAUGAAAACGUCUACAUUGACAUUCGCAUCGCCAAGCAGACAGUCUACGGAAUUACCCUGGAGUGGCAUGCAGCAAUCGAGAACCCAGCCGAGACUUGGUACACUAUACACUUCGGUAGAUUCGACGCUGCCAAGAAGGAGAUGGUCUAUAUUGGGCCAGGGAUAAACAGCUACUCGGUCACGGACUUGCUGCCUGUGACUAAGUAUGAGAUUUGCGUGACAUUGAAGAGCCAGGCACCCCGAAAUGACCAGUGCGUCGUGUUUGUGACAGGAAGUGACAUCAGCGAGCUUGAGCAACGGGAGAAGCUCAUUCACAUCAUCGUUAUCGUCUGUGCGAUGGUAUUGGCAGUUCCCGCCGGCAUGUACGCCUGCACCACCGAGACUAGGUUCAGCUGUUUCGACCGCUGCAUAGAGCUUUGCAGGAAACGGAGGCGUAAGGAAAAUACUCCGAAACCCACGGAGAGACAGGGCACCUUCGACAGCCUGCAAGCGGCUAGCGAUGAGGGCCUGUGCAAGGACUCUAGUGAGGACAAGCGGCCGCGGAGGAGAUCGGAUGAUAAAACACAGAAGUCCAAAUUCACGGCUGAGCUUUACUGA